AUGGGCACCCAACUUCUCUUCCGGGGCAUUCUCCUCCUGUUGCUGCCCCGACCUGCCCCAGCCCCCUGCUACACAGCUGCGCGAUCAGAGUGCAAGCAAAACCAUGACCCCGUGCCUGGCGCCUUGCUGGCUGGGGAAGGUGUGGAYGUGACCAGCCUCCGCCGCUCCGGCUCCUUCCCCGUGGACACACACAGGUUCCUGCGGCCCGACGGCACCUGCACCCUCUGUAAAAACCCCCUGCAGAAGGGCGCCCUGCAGCGUCUGCCCCUGGCGCUCACCCACUGGCGUGGGCAGGGCUCCAGCUGCAGGCGCCAAGUAGCCAAGGCCAAAAUCAGCUCCACCGAGGAGGUGGCCCGGGAGGCGGCCUCCAACAUCAACAAUGACUGGCGGGUGGGGCUGGACGUGACUCCCCCGGAGCCCAGCAGCAACGUGCACAUGUCUGUGGCCGGCUCGCACUCCAAGGCAGCGGACUUCGCAGCCCAAAAGACCCACCAGGACCAGUACAUCUUCAGCACGGACACGGUGGAGUGUCGCCUCUAYAGUUUCCACGUGGUGCACAGACCCCCACUGCACCCUGAUUUCAAGAGGGCACUUGGGGACCUGCCCCCGCACCUCAACACCUCCACCGAGCCUGACUACCUCAGGCUCAUCCACAACUACGGCACCCACUUCAUCCGGUCCGUGGAGCUGGGUGGCCGCGUCUCAGCCCUCACGGCCCUGCGCACCUGUGCCCUGGCCUUGGAUGGGCUCACGGCCGACGAGGUGGCGGACUGCCUGGCCGUGGAGGCCCAGGUGAGCAUCGGUGGCCAUGCCGAGUCCUCCUCCGAGUUCAAGGCCUGCGAGGAGAAGAAGCAGCGGCACAAGAUGAUAACCUCCUUCCACCARACCUACAACGAGCGCCACUCGGAGGUGGUCGGCGGCCGCCACGCCUCCUUGCGCGACCUGCUAUUCGGGAACCAGGCUGGGCCUGAGCAGUACUCGGCCUGGGUGGCUUCGCUGAUCAGCAGCCCCGGCCUGGUGGACUACAGCCUGGAGCCCCUGCACUUCCUGGUGGACGGCCAGGACCCGCGGCGGGAGGCGCUGAGGCAGGCGGUGAGCAACUACCUGAUKGGCAAGGCACGCUGGAGGGACUGCAGCCGGCCCUGCCCACCUGGGCAACAGAAAAGUCCCCAUGACCCGUGCCAGUGCGUGUGCCACGGCUCAGCAGUCACCAACCAAGACUGCUGUCCACGCCAGAGGGGCCUGGCCCAGCUGGAGGUGACCAUCGUCCAAGCGUGGAAUYUGUGGGGAGACUAUGGCAGUGCUACAGACGCCUAUGUGAAGGUCUUCUUUGGUGGCCAGGAGCUGAGGACCGGCACCRUAUGGAACAAUAACAACCCCAGAUGGAUGACUCGGCUGGACUUUGGGGAUGUGCUUCUGACCACAGGGGGCCCCCUGAGGGUGCAGGUUUGGGAUGCAGACAACGGCUGGGAUGACGACCUCCUUGGCUCCUGUGACCGGUCCCUAAGGUCUGGCUCCCACGAGGGGCARUGCCACAUGAAUCACGGUCACCUGCAAUUCCUCUACCGGGCCAGGUGCUUGCCCCACCUGGCUGGGGGAACCUGCCUGGAUUAUGCCCCCCAGGGGCUUCUGGGAGAGCCUCCAGGGAACCGAAGCGGGGCCGUGUGGUGA